CAUUUCUGUAAAAAGUUCAAAUCAUUUACACAAUUUAAAAUAAUUAACAUUAAGAAUAAUUUAAUGGGGGGAAAAAAUAUUGAAAGAUCUGUGUGGCUGGCCCCUUACAUCUACAAUCGGCGUUCGAUGUUUUGCCUAUAGCUUGAAAAUAUCUUCUCUGUCGUGUCUAUUUGUGAGACUCGGGUUCGCUAUAGCCUGAAUGACAAAAUGGAAAGUAUCUGACUGUUAACCACACACCCACACCUCAUUCGGAGGAAGCUGGCCAGAAGCAGUUAACCCAUAUCGCGUUUCAUAUUAUCACGAUGACAAGAGAUCAAGAGAAGAGAAACUUGCGAGGAUUUCAAAAACGAGAAACAAAUAAUUAGAUGCCUAAAGUCUGUCUUCCAGAUAGCUAUUAGAUCUAUUAUCUUUCACCGACCAUGGACAACCUCAACUCCUCCAACACCUCCAGCUUGGACCCCACCUCCCCGGAUUCGGGCCGCCUGAUUUCGAGCAUUGUCCUGGGGUUGUGCUGUGCGUUGGGCCUCCCUGGUAACAUAGCUGUCCUGGUGUUCAUCCUGCGCGGCUCGUCCCGACGCCCCAACUUUACCCUGUGUCUCAUACUGAACCUGGCGUCCUCCGACAUCUUAUGCCUGGCCACCGUGCCCAUGUGGAUUUAUACUCUCCUGCACGGCUGGACUCUGGGCAGUGCCACCUGCAAGCUAGCCACCUUCCUGCUCUACCUCAGCCUGUACGCGAACGUGCUAACGGUCACUCUACUCGGUGUCCAGCGCUAUCUCCAGGUGUUAUACCCGCAAAUGUGGAACCGGCUGGGGCGCAAGGGGAAGGCGGCGCUGGUCCUGGCUCUGUGGGGGCUCGCCUGCGCCCUGACUGCCCCCGCCGUGACCACUCGCUAUGUGGGUGAUGGAGAGCUCAAGUGCCGGAGACACAGUGGAUCCGAUGCUGAAAGAGUAGCGGUCCUCAUCUUGGAGACCUUUCUGGGGUUUGUGGUCCCAUUCUUUGUGCUGGUCACGUCCUACUGCUGCCUCCACCGGCGGGUGAACCAGACGGCGCUGUUCAACAGCGCCAGGUUGACGCGGCUGGUCACCAGUGUGCUGGUCGCCUUCUUAGUCCUCUGGGUCCCCGUGCACAUCGUCAACAUGGUGGACAUUGCCGGCAUGGUGCUGCGGGCUUCCCGGCCAGAGGCGUCGGCAGCGCUGCUGCGCCACAGGAGCGCGGCAGCACGUGUCGUCCGGAGCUUCACAUUUGUCAACAGCUGCCUGGACCCCUUCCUGUACGCCUUCGCCUCACGGAGGAACUGGAAGUAGCCCAAGUGGGAAGCAGGCCACAAAAAUCGGAUGUCUGAAGUCGUCCUCUGCAGGUGCGACUAAAGGGAUGUGACUGGCAUGCCAACCCAUAACUCUAACCCUCACCCUACCUAUAACCAAACCCCCUAACCGUAACACGUCCUUUCACCCCUGCUAUUUGUCCUCAACAAAAUUCACAUUAUUUGGUUGCUGAAUCUGGGUCUGUAUAGCCUGAACUUUCUGUGUAUCCAUAGGGUAGCCUAGAUUAGUCCCUUUGGUGAUCCAUCUCCCUUCAAGCUUGACCACCAUUGGUGAAAUCCUAAAUGAUAUUGCUUCUGUGAGCUUUCUCAUGCAUAAAUAAAUUGGUAAUGUUUUCAUGA